UCUCUCACUCAUCAUUCAAAUUUUUCAUUCUUCAAUACCAAAUUUCGAACUCCGUUCUCAUACUCUCCUCUCUCCACUCUGCCUACUCGACUACAGCACUGCUCACUCCUUCACAAUACACAAACAUGGCUUCUUCUGCCGGUACUGUACCUUCCACUACAUGGAUUAACACUAAACUUUCCUCCAGGUCUUCUUUGCCCUUCAAGGACUUGGCCUCUGUUCCCUUGAAGAGGUCGUCAUCUCGAAAUGGAAAGCCUGCUGUAUCUUGUUCCCUCCAGACUCUCCCUUUUCCCAAGAAUUAUCAUCCUCCUGCUAAAGCCACAUCGCCUGCCGAGGAAACAUCUCAAAAACCAGCUUUUGAUUUUGACAUGGAUCAACCCCUGCCUCAAAAAUGGAAUCUUUUCCAGAAAGUGGCUUCUAUGGCGUUGGACACGGUUGAGAGCGCCUUAAUUUCUCACGAGCGCCAGCACCCGCUUCCCAAAACUGCCGACCCGCGGGUCCAAAUAGCCGGCAACUUCGCUCCGGUGCAGGAGCACCCCGUCCAGCACUCCCUCCCCGUAACCGGGAACAUCCCCAAAUGCAUUCGGGGCUUGUACGUCCGAAACGGAGCGAACCCCCUGUACGAGCCUGUCGCGGGGCACCACUUGUUCGAUGGCGACGGCAUGGUCCACGCCGUCCAAUUCAAAGAAAACGGCUCCGUCAGCUAUGCCUGUCGGUUCACUGAAACUAAUCGUUUCGUCCAGGAAAAAUCCCUGGGGCGUCCUGUUUUCCCUAAAGCCAUCGGUGAACUUCACGGCCAUUCGGGAAUCGCUCGCCUUUUACUGUUCUACGCUCGCGGCCUCUUCGGACUCGUCGACGGAAGUAACGGAAUCGGGGUGGCGAACGCCGGUUUAGUGUAUUUCAACAAUCGUCUUCUCGCCAUGUCCGAAGACGAUUUGCCUUACCAUGUCAAGAUCACGCCCGGUGGGGAUCUCAAGACGGUUGGUCGUUACGAUUUCUCGGGUCAACUCAAAUCCACAAUGAUCGCUCACCCGAAAGUCGACCCUGUUUCCGGCGAUCUCUACGCACUCAGCUACGAUGUCAUUCAGAAGCCUUACUUGAAGUACUUCCGAUUCUCCCCGGAUGGCAAGAAGUCACCUGAUGUUGAGAUUCCUGUGUCCGAGCCCACUAUGAUGCAUGACUUUGCGAUUACGGAGAAUUUCGUGGUGGUGCCAGAUCAGCAGGUGGUGUUCAAGCUGUCGGAGAUGAUACGGGGUGGUUCUCCGGUGAUAUACGACAGGAACAAGAUGUCUCGCUUCGGGAUUCUUGAUAAGAAUGCGAGUGAUUCUUCUGGGAUCAAAUGGAUUGAAGCUCCUGAUUGCUUCUGCUUCCAUCUGUGGAAUGCCUGGGAGGAGCCAGAGACCGACGAGGUUGUCGUGAUCGGGUCUUGCAUGACUCCGGCGGACUCCAUUUUCAAUGAAUGCGAGGAGAAUCUGAAGAGCGUUCUGUCUGAAAUCCGACUGAAUUUGAAAACAGGCAAAUCAACUCGCCGACCCAUUCUUUCAGAACAGAUGAAUCUCGAAGCUGGAAUGGUGAACAGAAAUAAGCUCGGAAGGAAGACACAGUUCGCAUAUUUGGCUCUUGCAGAGCCAUGGCCUAAAGUUUCAGGCUUUGCGAAAGUGGACCUGUCCACAGGAGAGGUGAAGAAGUAUAUCUAUGGCGAUGAGAGGUUCGGUGGCGAGCCUCUGUUUCUACCAAGAGAUCCUAACUCAGAGAGAGAAGACGACGGAUAUAUCUUAGCAUUUGUGCAUGAUGAGAAAGAAUGGAAGUCAGAGUUGCAGAUUGUGAAUGCCAUGACUUUGAACCUAGAAGCUUCCAUUAAGCUUCCUUGCAGGGUUCCCUAUGGCUUCCAUGGAACCUUCGUACACUCGAAGGAUUUGCAGAAGCAAGCUUGAAGGUUGACUUCUUCAACUUCUUCUUCUUCUUCGUCUACAUCAUCUACCUUAAUAGUGUGCGAGAGAUUGAGAUUUUCCUGAGGGAUGCUUGCAGAUAUGUCCCCGGAAUCUCCUUCGAUCUGUUUUCAGAACCUUAUUUUUUUUCCUUCAAUUUUUUUUCGUGUUUGAUUUGGAGUGAGAGGUUUUGGGGAAACCAGCUCGUAGCUUUUGGGUGUAGUUAGCAAUGAAGCUCAGCUGGUUUCUGCUUAUUCUUUCACUUGUGAAAAAAAGAAGUACAAAAGUUUACAGUAUAUAGGAUGUGAUAUACUGUGUGUUUACUUACCUUCCAUGUUCAUCUCUGUAAAUCUUCUGUUGUGAAUACUAGAAAUAAUAUCACUUGUUCUCCUUUCA